UGCCCAUCCACCUACGCCAAUCCACCCGGCCGCCCUACAGCUAUUUAUUCUCCCUCCUACCCGCGCGAUCCACGUCAUCCGCGCGCCGCCGCCACCACCGCGACCGCUUCCGACGCCGACAAAACCCAUCCUCCCCCCGGCCACAGCCGCGACACUUUCCACGCCGCCUCCCCUGAACGCACGCCCUCGCAGCGCAAUUACUUAGGCGGGGACGCCGCGGCGCCGUGAGCCGGCGAGAACGAAAUGCAAGCCAUUCGCCAGUCGUGCCGACCCAAGCACCAGGUCUUGAUCCUCAAGUGCUACCCGCAGCUGCAGAAGGGCUACCGCGAUGCCGAAAUCAAGCCGAACAGCAGCGAGCUGAGCUACCUGCUGUACUAUGCGAGCACGCGCCGCACCAAGCUGGUCAAGGUGGGCGAUUUUCUGGAGAAGAGGACGGGCGGCGACGUGUGGAGGAGCAGGAUAGGAAACGUCCUCGUCACCCUGCAGAUUCUCAAUGCCCUGAUUGAGAAAUGCCCCCGCGACAUUCCUCUCUACGCAAACUCGGUCCUCAGCAUCCUGCGCACCGUCCUGCAGUCCAAUGACAUUACCCUGGCCGAGGCCUCCGUUCCUACGUUUGAAAGCUUUUGCGCCCACCAGGACCCCGCCACGCUGGCCGCCGACCAAGAAUACAUUACCCAGUAUGAGGAGAUUGUCCAGAUGUACGCCGCGUUCGCGUCCAAGGAGAAACUACAAGAAACAAAGGCCUCCCUGGGCUGGCCCGUCGCCAUACGGUUCAGGAGCGUGGGAUUGCAGGCCAUCAAGGCCGUCGCGGCUUCGGAGAGCUUGAGCUCGGAGACGGGACGCCAGCUCGCCGUCAUCAUCCCGGUCAUUCUGGUGAACCUGUACGCGAACAGCGGCGCGAACCUUGAGCAGCUGGAGAGGCGCGAAACGGAAAAGGAAGGACAGGACAAGGAGGCGGCGUACAAGCGGCGGCAGUCGACUUCGACUCUCCGCCCCACCGAGACCAGCGAGGCGGACCCUCAGGUCGCGGCCGGCACCACCGAGGACGCGGACAAGCUUGCGGAGGAGGAGGCUGGCAUCCUCGCCAUGCAGGCUUUGCGCAACAUCUUCACGGCCGUGAGCCGCGAGCAGCUGCGCCUUGCCACGAGCGCGGUACUCAAGUUCAUGGCUGCACGGGUCAAGCCGAGCGAGCACUUCCCAGGAGACAAGGCGGACGGCUCGUGGCCUACGACGCUGUUCGGCAUGAUUUGCGGGUGGGCGACUGUCCAGGACCGCUACACGAUACUCGUCACAGCCAAGGACACCCUGGUGCGCAGCAAGAUUUCCGAAGACGAGCUGGAGCGGCAGUACGUCCUCGCGACCAUCAUCGGCUGGCUGUUGGGCGCCAAGACCAACUUUAUUGGUUUGAGUGUCAUGGACGUGUUGAUUGGACUGAUGGGCCACAUUCUCGCCCUUUUGCAAGUCGGCAGCGGUGCCUCUCUGCUGAAUGGUGACGGCCCCAAAGACUCGGUGGCAGACGCCCCUGUGCAUGACCGCGCGACGACACCCUCGGAAGCGCGCAUCAAGCUCCUCCAGCGGCUGCAGUCCUGCAUUGCGAACCUGGCCACGCACAUCUAUUACACGGACCAAAUCCCCGACAUGCUCUCGGCGGUGUUGGUGCGCUUGAAGCCGGCGCCGAGCAGCGGCAUCAUCAACACGGCGGCAGCCAUUGAAGACCCGAACGGUGCGGUCGACGCCGUGGCGGACUCGGCCAAGCUGCACGACAACCCCGGCGCGGACGCCUUCUUCAGCUUCGAGACGGCGCGAGUGGUGGCGCUCGACGCAAUCAAGGCCAUCCUGCUCGUCGCCAACCAGCAGCAGGAGGGUGAGAAGAGCCAGGGAGGCGGCGUGGGAAGGACGCGCGCCGGGGUGGAUGUGUGGGAGGGCACGCAGUGGCUGCUGCGAGACCCCGCUCCCAAGGUGCGGAGGGCGUACGCCGAGGCGGUGCUCACGUGGCUAGACGUGGAGCUGCAGAGGACGCACCUGCGUGUGGCUGUCGACACGAGCGACAAGAGGGAGAAAGACGGCCGGGACAGCCUGGCCAGGCGUGCCGUCAGCAACGCCAGUCAACGUGAGAAGAGCCCGCGCGGCCUCAAGACGUCGUUCCUGCCGCUACUGCACCUCGCCGUCUACGAGAACGCACACCAGUUCGCUGACUCUCCGGACGCCGACCUCGAGUUCCUGCACCUGCACCUGCUGCUCGCCCGCCUGCUGCAGAACCUUGGCGUCAAUGCCGCCGCUUCCGGUCUCCCUAUGAUCUUCCGUCUGCAAGAAGACAUCCCCAACCCAUCCGUGUCUUCGCCCGCCGCCAAGAUUCGCCUGGCCACUCUUGCGCAUGGCUAUUUCUGGACACUCGCCGCGACAUUUGACUUUGAAGCCAGCCCCAUCGGCCAGAGCAUCCACAACGAGAUCACCAGGAGGAGAGGACUGGGCAUGUGGCUGGAAGGCAUCGCGUACCCGCCGCUCGACCUUUCCCAGAUCGACAACAAGGCGGGCGUGCAUGACUUGGCACAGGGUAUCGUCGACGAGGAGAGCAUCGACCCUCUGGACGAGCGUGCCGAGCUCGUUGACCGCAUCGCCGAGGGCUACUCCGAGAAGCUGUACUCGCCGCCGACCAGCCCGCCGACAAGCCCGGGCCGCGGCUCGUUGUCCGUCACCAGCCCGAUCCUGGGCAGCCCCAUCUCAGACCGGCGUGGCAGCUCCGCGGCGUUCCCGCAAGUUCUCCCCCCGCGCGUCAAGGAGCAGCUGCUUGAGCCCUGGAGCCGCGAGCAGUGCCUUGCCGCGACGGCGGCCCAAGACGGCUCCUCCCAGUCCGGAUCGAUGUCGGGCUCGCGCGCAGGCACCCGCACUGCGGCCACCAGCCAGCGCGCUAUUGCGCCGUCGUCGGCGAUGGCGGGCCCGGGAAGCAGCUCUCCGAACUUGGCAGCACCGGGCUCCCCAUCCACGCAUCAGCAUACCCACCGCGCGGCGCUCGGUGCGCUGAACGAUCCCAACACAGCGGGAGGCCCCGCGCCGCACGACAGCAGCCGCAUGAGCGCAUCGAGCGCGCGCUCGGCGGUCAGGUUGGACGACCUCAAGAAGGUUCUCGCGGGCCAGAAGGACGACGCGCCACUCCCUGGUACGCGGAUGGGACGGCCCGAGGACGCCGCGGAUGGCGACGACGCAGACGACUCGGACUCGCUUGUUAGUGCCGACUUUUCCGCUUCAGAGUACAGCUUCGCGCCGCCAGGGUCGAGCUACAGCCACAGCUACGCUGGUGGCGCUGGUGGUGAGAACGCAGACGGCACAAGGCCGGUGCUGGAAACGAUUCCGUCCGAGGGACUGAACACGCCUGCACCUGCGCCCAACGGCACCGAGCCCCCCGUCCCGGAGAUCCCGGCGCAGUUCGCAGGUAGCACGGCGACGCCGCAGCUGCAGCUGAACUUUAAGACGCCGCCGCCACCGGUGCCGCCCUCGCCGAGCGGGAACGGGAGCCCGAGACCAAGGACGUCGGCUACGACUGCUGAGGGGGGGAGGAAGAACAGUUUGGGCGUGCAGAGCGCGCGGAGUAGGAGCUUGAAGGGCGCGAGGUCCGGGAGGAGCCGCAGCAGGAGCAAUGCUGCUGGUACUAUGAGGGGGAGGCAGGAUCUGGGAGGGUUGUUGGCGGGGAUUGAUACGGACAGUGGGGAGGAAGAGCGGGAGAGGGGACGGGGGCUGGGUGUUGGGGCGCCUUAUUAAGGGGUUGUAUAUGAUGGAGCGGAUGGGGGUGGGGGUGUACGGCGUUUGGGUCGCUGCUGCUGUGCAUGCAUGUGGGGGGUUGGUGUGCGUAGGUACUGGGGUGGGGGUAGGUGGUGUGUGUUUGGGUGCUUGUCGUCAUUCUCCUGCCUAUUAUCCUGUCAUCUUGUCGUCUGUUUGUCUUGCAUUUGUCUUCCGACCACCCCGCCUUUCGGGCGAGGGUUAAUGUCUAGCUGCUGUCUAUAUAUCCUUGGUUUGUUGUAUAUACGUACGUAUGGAGUGGUGUUCGUUUCUGGCUG